AUGGCGGUUAUAUGGGGUCUCGACCUUCGAGACCUGCAAUGGGGAAAGUUCAAGAGCUCGUAUAUGUUCGGGAACAAGGACUACCACCUGCGAAGGACAAAGUUCGUGGUCUACCAGAUUGCCAUGAUAUGCUGCGUUGUGUCCGAGUCCAUCGGCACCGCCGCUCUCACAGACUACGUCAAGCAACAGUCAAGAAUUGAACGUCUGCAUUCGUCUGCGUCAGUGCACAACGACGACUUUGUCGGUAUUGCAUCUUACAACAUCUUUGUCGGCAUCGCUGUCGCCACCAUAUUUGGCGCCGCCUUUUUCUUCGACCUGUUCUUCCCCGAGCGCUACGAGCCCCGCAAUAUCCGGUGGGCGUGGAGAAUCAGCGCCCUGGUCGUUACGCUCAUGACAUUUGCUGAUGCCAUAGCUUUGACUGUGAUCGUGGCUACGGGCAAUGCGUGGAUAUCGGCGAACUCUGAGGAUGCCGCAGAGAUCGCCCGGAAGGCACUCAAUCCACCCCUACGAUACCGGGACAAUGGACGAGCUAUCGCUAGUGUGGUCUUCAUCUGGCUUGGUCUCGUUGGGACGAUUGCGAGUUGUAUCAUACUGUGGUUAUACUACCACCACCUGGAUACCUAUGGCCCCAAGUCUCACACUGCACGUAUGCGAGAUGAGAUCGACAGGAGCAUCCUCAAGGCCGAACGGGUCAACUCAGACACGACUGCCAGAGAACAAGCCUACAAGUACAGUUCUUCAGAAGCCUAG